AUGAGUGUUUUGACACAAUCCGUUGUGUUUUUUCUUUCGUUAGCUAGAGUACUCGACAUUGGUCGGGAAGAAGUAAAAAUCAUUGAAAAUGAAUAUGAUUACAUCAUAGUUGGAGGAGGAUCAGCAGGGGCAAUUUUAGCAAACAGGUUGUCUGCACAUUCAGAAAAUAAAGUCUUACUUUUAGAAGCUGGGUGUAACGAAAAUUCAAUUACUGACGUUCCAAUUAAUUCUGCACUUUUACAACAAUCAUCCAUGGAUUGGAAAUAUGUUACUGAACCGCAAAAAUUUGCUUGCCUUGGUUUGAAGGAAAAACGUUCUAGAUGGCCAAGAGGGAAAGUUUUAGGAGGUUGUAGUGUUUUGAAUGCUAUGUUAUAUGUCAGAGGAAAUCGAAAAGAUUACGAUCAAUGGGUUGAACAAGGAGCAACUGGAUGGAGUUGGAAAGAAGUGUUUCCAUAUUUUCUUAAAUCCGAAGAUAAUACAGAUUUAUUCGUAUUGAGCAAUGGUUAUCAUGCUACAGGUGGUUAUCAAACAGUUUCUUCUCCAGUAUAUGCUACACCAUUACAAAAAGCUUUUCUUGAAGCUGGUAAAUUAUUUGGAUACGAAGUAAGAGAUAUCAAUGGCGCAAAACAAACAGGUUUCACAUCUGCUCAAUCAACCAAAAGAAAAGGUAGAAGAUGUAGUACUAAUAAAGCAUUUAUAAAACCAGUGGAAAAACGAGUAAAUUUAAAAAUAGCUCUCUUUUCCUUUGUAACAAAGAUUAUUUUCGAUGAUUUAAAAAGAGCCAUAGGAGUACAAUACGACCGUUUUAACAAAACUCAUAUCGUAAGUGCCAAAAAAGAGAUUAUUAUCUCGGCUGGUUCUAUAAACACACCUCAACUAUUAAUGCUAUCAGGAAUUGGACCGAAAGAGGAUUUAGAAAAAUUUGAAAUACCAAUCAUAUCAGAACUUCCUGUAGGUUUAAAUCUUCAAGAUCAUAUUUUUCCACACGGAGUAAAUUUCUUGAUUGAUAAACCUGUUUCGAACGUUGCCUAUCGAACAAGCUCACCAACCAAUAGUAUUCUUUAUUAUGCUGCUGGAAAAGGACCUUGGACAUUGUCUAAUGGACUCGAAGGGAUCGCUUUUAUAAAUACACGAUACUCAAACAUAUCGCAAGAUUUUCCUGAUAUUCAGAUACAUUUUUCUUCGGGAAGCAUAUCUUCUGAUGGAGGUAGCGUUCAAAAGGAAGCAAUUGGAUUGGAAGAGAAAGUGUGGAAAAAUUAUUAUGAACCAUUUUCUUUCCGAGACACAUUUUCUUUUCUUCCUGUUUUACUUCAUCCCAAAAGUCGAGGAUAUGUGAAAUUAAAAAGUGCUAAUCCAUACGAAUAUCCAAUUAUCGAACCAAAUUAUCUCUCCAAACCUGAAGACGUUCUAGUUCUAAUUGAUGGAAUAAAGAAAUGUAUAGAAUUGGGUAACUUAGAACCAUUUAAGAAAUAUGGAGCUCGAAUCUUCCCAACAACUGUACCAGGGUGUGAAGAAUUCAAAAAAUAUGAGGAUGAGUACCUCGAAUGUAUGGUUAGAACUAUGACAACGACUAUGUUUCAUCCUGUCGGAACUUGUAAAAUGGGUGCAGUUGAUGAUCCGACAACUGUUGUAGACCCCGAAUUAAGAGUAAAAGGUGUAUCUGGUUUGCGUGUCGUCGAUGGUUCUAUUAUGCCAACUAUAGUAACAGGAAAUACUAACGCUCCAAUAAUGAUGAUAGCAGAAAAAGCAGCCGAUAUGAUUCUAGGAUUAAAAUCAUCAAAUAAACACGAUAAUUUCCUGUAACUGUAUUAAUUUAUUGUGUAUAAUUGAAUUAAAUUAUUAGCAUAACGAAAUGUAAUCUUUAGAAGUGUUAAACACUAGAUCGUGUUUCAUCACAUCACAUGGCUUAUUUUCCACCUUUAUUUAGUUGAUACGGUAUCAUUUACACGUUUCGGGCUUUUUUGCCCCUCAUCAGUCAACUAAAAUAAGAAAAUAGUGUAUACAGCAUUAAAAUAUCAUUUUUUACAAGUAAUUUGUACAAACAUUUUAAAAUAUGUGUAUAUGACUUGCACGUACCAGUUUUCCCCCGAUAUGGCACUUGUACUGGGUAAGUUUGUAUAUUACAAACCCGAAGAAGUAUUCAACACUUCUAAAGAAAAUAUUACAGCACGGUUUACAACAAAUGAAACGUAAUCUUAUUAAUUAUCUAAAAUGUAUUUAUUUAUUUAUUUUAUACUG